AUGGAGGGUACCGUCAAAUGUGCUGCGAAUUAUGUUCCUUUGAGUCCCAUAAGUUUCUUGGAUCGGUCAGCCAUCUUGUUCGCAGAUAAGGUUUCCGUAGUGAAUGGUGACCUCGACUUCACUUGGGCAGAGACUCGAGAGAGAUGCGUCAAGCUUGCUUCUGCACUUCAACAACUCGGAAUUUCCCGUCAUGAUGUGGUUGCUGCCAUGAUCCCUAAUAUUCCAGAAAUGUUCGAGCUACAUUUUGGUGUCCCAAUGGCUGGGGCAGUUCUGUGUACUCUAAACAUCCGCCAUGAUUCCGCAAUGGUGUCAUCAACCCUCAACCACUCGGAUGCAAAAUUAGUUUUCGUUCAUUAUCAGCUUCUUAACGUUGUCACAGGGGCUUUAAAGAUUCUGUCUGAGUACUCUUCCAACAAGAAGUUACCUCAAAUAGUAGUCAUAAACUCAUUAACUCACCAUCUGAAUGGGGAUUCAGAAAGCGGAGUCGAAUCACGGCUACUAGAAUAUAACUCAUUGUUGGCAUCCGGGCGACCGGAUUUUGAGAUAAUCCGGCCACUUGAUGAAUUGGAACCUAUUUCUCUCAACUACACAUCAGGCACAACGUCAAACCCUAAAGGCGUAAUCUACAGUCACAGAGGAGCAUACCUGAAUUCGCUAGCUGCCGUUCUUCUGACGGAGAUGAAAUCGAUGCCGGUGUAUUUAUGGACCGUACCAAUGUUCCACUGCAACGGCUGGUGCCUUACGUGGGCUGUCACGGCGCAGGGCGGUAAGAAUGUUUUUCUUCAAGACGGCGUUGUUACGGGAAAGGAAAUUUUCGAAUGCAUCGAAAAGCAACGGGUGACCCACAUGGCUGGCGCGCCAACAAUCCUGAAUCUAAUGGUAAACACGCCGGAAACCGACCGUAGGCCGGUUCCCAGAAAAGUAAGCGUGAUGACAGGUGGCGCACCACCUCCACCGCAGGUGCUCUUUAAGAUGGAGGAGUUAGGGUUUGAUGUCACUCAUGCCUAUGGUUUGACGGAAACUUACGGCGCCGCGACGAUUUGCGCCUGGAAGCCCGAAUGGAAUACCUUGGCACCCGAUGCACGUGCGAAGCUGAAAUCUCGUCAGGGUUUGCAACAUCUUGGCAUGGAAGAAGCCGACGUGAAAGAUCCGGCGACGAUGAAAAGCGUGCCGGGAGACGGUAAGACAAUGGGGGAGGUGAUGUUUAGAGGGAACACGAUAAUGAGUGGUUACCUAAAAAACCCUGAAGCGACGGAGAAUGCGUUUAAGGAUGGAUGGUUUAGGACUGGGGAUUUAGCAGUGAAACAUCCUGAUGGAUACAUAGAGUUAAAAGAUCGGUUGAAAGACAUAAUCAUGUGUGGGGGAGAAAGCAUCAGUACUAUUGAGGUGGAAUCUGUGAUCUACAGUCAUCCAGCUGUGCUUGAGGCCGCUGUUAUUGGAAAACCAGAUGAUUAUUGGGGUGAAACGCCUUGUGCAUUUGUGAAGCUCAAGAAUAAUGAUGAUGAUGAUACUGUGGUAAUUAGUGAUGCGGAAAUCAUCCAGCACUGCUGUGAUCAUUUGCCCGCUUACAUGGCUCCCACAACAGUAGUUUUUGCGGACUUGCCUAAGACUUCCACUGGGAAAAUUCAGAAGUUCCUACUUAGGCAAAAGGCUAAGGAUCUUUCUCAACCUAGCUAG